GUCGACCGGGCGGCGCAGCUGCUCGAUGGAGACUACAACGACGGCGACGAGGGCGAGGGCGAGCGCCGGGCGCUGGCCGAGCUGCUCGGCGCCGAGAGUCGACAGCAGCAGGAGGCGGCGGCGGCGAACUCGAAUUCGACGAAGCGGCAGCGGCGGGAGAGGAAGCGGCAGCAGGAGCAGGAGCGACGACACCAAGAGCAGCAGCAGCAGAAGCAGCGGCAGCAGCGGGUGGUGCUCGAGGCGCUCGAGGAGCCGAGUGAGGAGUACCUCCUCCAGCAGCAGCGGCGGCAGCAGCCACUCGAAGACAGCCUCGAGGAGGACGGAGGUGUUGUAGAUAUCGAGGGGGAGGGGGAGGGGAACGAAGAGGAGGACGAAGACGAGGACGGGGCAGCGACGCUGCUCGGGGACGACGGGAUGGAGAAGAUGAUCCUGCGCUUCCAGCUCGAAGCCGCCCAGCAGUCGAUCAUCUACAUGGAGAAGGAGCUCGCCUCGGAGAAGAAGGCCAACGCCGACCUCCAACGCACCCUCAAGCACAAGGUCCGCCCCCACCCGCCCCCUCCAGCCCCCUUCCGCCCCCUCCAGCCCCCGGCCCUCACACUCGGGCGGGCGUCUCAACAGGAGCAAAAGGAGAAGAUCUUGGGGGACUCGAUCAAGGAGCACGAGGAGGCGAUGGUGCAGCUGCGGCGGCACAUGAAGGAGAUGGAGAGCCAGAUGCUGGCCCUGACCGACAACGCGCAGAUGCUCAAGCAGCUGGUGCUCUGCCAGCACUGCUGCAAGCGGCUGCGCAACGUGAUCCUCCUCCCCUGCAUGCACCUCCUCUUUUGCCGCAAGUGCGUCAAGGAGCUCAAGCGCAAGCACAAGGAGGACACCAACACCAACGUCAACACCACCAACGCCAACGUCAACGGCAACGCGGCGGCCAAGGCGCAGGCAAGAGGCGGCCAAGGCGCGAUGGCGUCGGCGUCGGCGGCGGCGGCGGCCAAGAAGCAGAAGAGCCCCUUCCGGUGCCCCAAGUGCAGCGGCGAGGUGCGGGGCAAGAUGAAGUGCGAAAUGGGCUGUUAG